UACAGUCUACAGACAUAUUUUCAUCCGUCCGAUCCAUGAAGCGGGUCCAUCGGAAGGCUGGUUUUGCGUCAGGUUUGAUACGAUAGAGAAAGGAUAGCUGUCCUCUUCGCGCCUCGUCCUCGGCGGCGUCCUCGUCUCUCUCUCUCCUCAAGUCUCAACGGCUCAAUUCGUGAGGAACACGAACAUAGUGCAGGAAUGUGAUAUAGUGCCAGGAAUAACAAAGAAACAUGGACGAGGAGCAGUCCAAUGAAACUAGAGAACUAGUGGAUUCUUAUGUGUCUAUGGAAGACGAAGGUGAUGAAUGUGUUGUCGUAGAAGAUGUUGAAGCUCACAUGGUUUUGGAUGAUGCAAAGAGUGUAGAUUCCUUGAAUCUUGAAUAUUCUAACUAUCCGGCUGGUGCAAUUGUAGAACCAACAUUGGACAUGGAGUUUGUGUCUGAGGAGGACUCGAGGAACUUUUACAAUGCCUAUGCUAAGCAAACGGGGUUUAGUAUACGUGUGAACUCAUAUUACCGUUCAAAGAAAGAUAACUCAAUAAUUUCUCGAGAGUUUUGUUGUUCUAAAGAGGGUUUCCGCAGAGACAAACGCGGGAAAAAGAUGGAUUCGGGAGAAGAUUGUAAGAGGAGGUGUGCCCGGCCAAUCACUAGGGACGGUUGCAAGGCACUGAUGACUGUAAGGAAACGAGACAAUGGAAAGUGGUAUGUAGCAAAAUUAGAGAAGAAUCAUAAUCACAAGCUUGUCACUCUGGGUAUGCGGCAUUUUCUUCGAUCUCAUCAGCAUACAGGAAUUCAAUCCAAAGAAAAGUUCAAUGAACUCGUUCAACCUUCCUGUGUUCAGCACAAGUACUUCCCCAAAUGUUCUAUCUGAAGAUUGUGAUAGGUUUGGCACGAUUGUAUUUGCACCACAAAAUCAUGUCAAUUAUGUUGGUAGAGGAAGGCUAAGUACCUUUGGUAUAGACGCUCAAAGUCUUCUCGGGUUUUUCAAGAUUAUGCAAGCAAGUGAUUCUGCAUUCUAUUAUGCAAUUCAGGUUGACGAAGAAGACAGGCUAAGCAGUGUGUUUUGGGUUGAUACAAGGUCAAGGAUUGCUUACAACUGUUUUUCUGAUGUGGUAGCCUUUGAUUCAACUUACAAAGUAAAUCAGUAUAAAAUGCCAUUUGCACUGUUUACUGGAGUGAAUCAUCAUAAACAGUCUGUGUUGUUUGGAUGUGCAUUGCUUGCAGACGAGACAGAAUCGACAUUCAUUUGGCUAUUCACAACUUGGCUCGAAGCGAUGUCUGGAAGGCAGCCAAACUUAAUUAUAACUGAUUAUGAUUCCGCCAUAAGCAAAGCAGUAGAAAGAGUUUUCCCGGAAUCAGGCCUUCGGUAUUGCAAGUGGCACAUCAUGAGCAAAAUGCCAAAGGAAAUGGGACAUGCAUAUAGUGCACUUCCAAAGACAUUUCAAGUGGAAUUUGAUAAAUGCAUUAAUAAAAGUGAGACACCUGAAGAAUUUGAAUCUUCGUGGGAGUCGCUUCUUGAUAGGUACAAUCUUAGAGGAAAUGAAUGGCUUCAAUCACUUCACAUUGAUCGCAAGCUUUGGGUCCCAAUAUAUGUAAGAAACACAUUCUUUGCAGGAAUGUAUGCUACUCAACGAAGUGGAAGUGUGAACUCACUUUUUGAUGGAUACGUAAAUGCAAGAACUACCUUGCAAGAUUUUGCAGAGCAAUAUGAGAAGGCUUUGGAUGAUCGAUAUGAAAAGGAAGCAAAGGCUGAGUUUGAAACAUUUUACACGAAACCAAUCCUAAAGACACCACUACCUAUAGAAAAACAGGCGGCGGAAAUCUACACAAGGAAAAUGUUCACUACAUUCCAGGACGAAAUUUUUGAAUCACUUGUUUUUGUGGUGAAAUUAAGUAGAAACAAUGGAUCAACUUCCACAUACGAGGUAGCAAGAUUUGAUGAGGAACAUAAAGUGUUUUCCGUUGAUUUUGAUCUAUUUGAGCAAAAAGUUACUUGUAGUUGCCUGAUGUUUGAGUUUGAAGGAAUAUUAUGUAGACACGUGCUUGCAGUAUUCAAAGCCACAAGCGUCUUUAUGCUUCCACCACACUAUAUGAUGACUCGAUGGACAAAAAAUGCCAAGGAUGAGGCAAUGUUGGAUGUAAUACCCUCUGUUGAGACGCACGGAAAUGCUCAAAUAGGCAAGAAUUCACAAUACAAUGUUUUAUAUCAGGAAGCGAUUAACUGUGUGGAGGAAGGGAUGGCAUCAGAGUAUAGUUUUAAGGUGGCUUUAAGUGCCUUAAGAGAGGCUAGGAUCAAAAUUCUUGGUGCAAAGAAAAUUGCUGUAAAUGCCCUGAAACUUGAAACCACGGUCAGCACAUGCUAUCAGGAUGAGAACAAGCAGCCUGGAAGUCAAGUAGACAGUCCAUCAGUUUUAGUAACUCCUCUUGAUAGACAACUAAAGCCAGAGAAUCUUCUGUAGCAAGUAAAAUACCAACAUAUAUAACAGAGCCACCAUCGAGCCUAAAAUUAGGCUGUGCAUGAGAUGCAAGUGCCCAGGGCAUCAUCGCAGUACUUGCUUGUGGUUGAAGGAUUCAGGUCCAGCCAAAUAUUAAUGAUGGACCUUCAAAGAUUCAAAAUAAAAAACUUUGCCUACUCAGCAAGUCCAUGUGUGGCAGAAGACGGCAUUUCUAACUGACGGGUCCCUCUAAUUUUGAUGCAUGUUGACCAUUUUACCAUCUUUGUUUUCAUAUAUUUUUAUGAAGGUAAAAAGGUUCUUUGUGAUACGAGUUUAACGGUGGUGGUCUUAAGUUUGGUAUCGCUGUUGAGAGUUGUUUCUUUGAAGGGAUUUGACAUUUCCAAUGUUAAAUUAGUACUUUUAUAUUAAAUAGAAGAAGGAUUAAUAGUGUGGUCUGUAUGCUUCCAA